GCUCGUUGUAGCACACAUGGUCCCACUCUUGGAGCAACGCGUCAAUCGUGAAUUUACUCCAUCCUCCUCCAUCUGACCGACAUCACUGCAGUCAGCUACAUCCCGGGUCGCACCAAUUUCCAGACCUACAUCUUAUUUCACCAUCAAUCGCACUGCUUUUAUUGCCGCCAAGCAUCUUCGAAGCAAAAAGUUAAAGUCAAUUCCUUUGGGAAAGUCAACUUAAGCAAUGGACCGCAGCCUCGACGAGAUCCUGGCGGAGCGCCAAACCAAGAAUGGGAGCCGAGGCUCCCGCGGACCCCGCAACGGCGGCGGCGGCGGCGGCGGUGGAGGUGGCAACAACAGGCGCCGCGAGCGCGAAAGGCAGGACUACCCACGCGACGGAGUCAGAAAGAGCUAUCGAGACGAUCAAUCUCGUAACCUGGACUCCGAGUGGGUUCACGACAGAUAUGACGACAACGACUCCCGCCGUGGGGGCAGGUAUUCGCGCCGCAGAGACGAUGACCUCGAUAAGGAACAAGGAAGCUCAAGGGGCACAAAGAUUCGGGUGGAGAAUAUCCAUUACGAGUUGACCGAGGAAGAUCUACAAGGACUAUUCAGUCGUAUCGGCCCAAUCAUCAGUCUCGAGCUUCUCUAUGAUCGCUCCGGCCGGUCAGAGGGCGUGGCUUAUGUGACUUAUGAAAGUCACAAAGACGCAACCUUGGCCGUCAAGGACUUUGACGGCGCUAAUGCAGCAGGCCAACCUAUUCGCCUCAGCAUAAUCCCAGCCGGCGUUGGCUCACGUCGGAACCCGUUCGAUAACGCCGUGAAACCAGGAAGGCCAUUGUCGGAGCGCAUAACAAUGCCAUCAGGCAGGAACCGAUCUCUAUCACCUGAAGAGGACGCAGCACGCCGGGGUAUUGACAGAUAUAUCCCUAGCGGUUCGCGCUCUGGCAGCCCAUAUACCUCGGGUAAUCGUCGCGACGGUCGCCGGCCGGGUGCCAGGAGGGAGCGUGGCGGCGGCGGCAGUGGUGGUGGUCGUCGUAGAGGCGAGGGCGACGAGGGAGGCGGUCAGCGGCCUGGGCGUGAUUGUCGCACCAAGAAGACGCAAGAGGAGCUCGAUGCUGAAAUGGAUGAUUACUUUGGCGGCGGCAACAGCAACAAUGCUACCACUGCCCCAGCUACAGCUUCCACGACCGCUGCUCCAGCCAACGGAACUGUGGAUGAUGACAUCGACAUGAUUGCUUAGGAUGAUGAUCAUUAUUUGACCCCUCGUCAAUCUGGGCUGAUAUCCUUGCCCGCAAUGCGGUGUCGGCCUUCGUAUGGUUCGAAGCUAGCAACGUAUCUAAAAUCUUAAGAGAGGCGCAUCUUUGGGCUAAGAAGGGCUUAUUCAGCGAUGGUAUAUGACUGAUAUUUGUUUGUCUUGAUUGCCUCAUGAUGUUGCACAUGUAUAUAUAUCUUCCACUCACUCAAAAAGGAGCACUAGUGUUACUGCAAGCCGCUGCCUUCUUCCCUUCCAGUGCGUUAUCUACAACUGGAAUCGCGCAUCAUCUCGACCUCAAGUAGUCAUUCCGUC